UAUAUAUGAAUUCGAUUGAUUAUAGAUUAUAGACUAUCUUUAUAAAAAACAGGAAUAAUCCAAAAAUUAAUAGAAAAAAAACAGGUACAAAUAUUAAAUUGAGGUCCCCUUUCUAUGAUAAACCUACCCUCCAUUUUGGUGCCUUUAGUGGGCCUAGUAUUUCCGGCAAUUGCAAUGGCUUCCUUAUUUCUUCAUGUUCAAAAAAACAAGAUUUUUUAGAUACGGAUAGUGGAGACAAAUCUCGUAUUUUUUUUUUUUAGAUCUGGAAGCAGUUCUAUGAUUUCCUCCUAAAGGUUUACAUCAAAAUAAUGCUAGUUGAUGAAAGUUACUUCGGAUCGGAUAAGUAAAGUAAAAUUCAUUAUGCUUGGGUUUUUUAUUUCCCCUAUUCCAAUAAAGUAGAACUGGAUCAAGUAUGAGUUGGCGAUCAGAACGUAUAUGGAUAGAACUUAUAACGGGGUCUCGAAAAACAAGCAAUUUUUGCUGGGCCUUUAUCCUUUUUGUAGGUUCAUUGGGGUUCUUAUUGGUUGGAGCUUCCAGUUAUCUUGGUAAGAAUUUGUUAUUUUUAUUUCCGUCUCAGGAAAUUCUUUUUUUUCCACAAGGGAUCGUGAUGUCUUUCUAUGGAAUUGCGGGUCUCUUUAUUAGUUCUUAUUUGUGGUGUACAAUUUCGUGGAAUGUGGGUAGUGGUUAUGAUCGAUUCGAUAGAAAAGAGGGAAUAGUGUGUAUUUUUCGUUGGGGAUUUCCUGGAAAAAGUCGUCGUAUUUUUCUCCGAUUCCUUAUCAAAGAUAUUCAGUCCAUCAGACUCGAAGUUAAGGAGGGUAUUUCUACUCGCCGUGUCCUUUAUAUGGAAAUCAUAGGACAGGGAGCCAUUCCCUUGGCUCGUAUUGACGAGAAUUUGACUCCGCGGGAAGUGGAACAAAAAGCUGCAGAAUUAGCUUAUUUUUUGCGUGUACCUAUUGAAGUAUUUUGAAAAAAAAAAAGAACGCUUUUUUAGGGAAAAACAUUUUUUCGAAAUUUUUGUAUUUUAAAUUUAAAAAAGGGGCAUUCUUUUAUUUUGAAAUUCAACUUCAUUAUGAUAAGUGUUCUUUUUUUGUGUAUUCAUGAAAAGGAAUAAUUCCUUCGAAUCUUAGCAAUUGAUAUCUUCUGAUGAAAGGUUCUUUUUUUGUUCAUUCGAAUUGGGAGUGGAUUCUUUCGCUUUCUUAUUUUAUUAGGUUUCUGUUUUCUUUCUAAAUUAAAGAUUAUUAUCAUAAAGAUUAUUAUCAUAUAGGGUUUGACGAAACGAAUGAGGUGAAGCUGAGUUCAUUAAAGAUACAAAAUGGCAAAAAAGAAAGCAUUAAUUCCCCUUCUAUAUAUUACAUCUAUAGUCUUUUUGCCCUGGUGCAUCUCUUUCAUAUUUACGAAAAGUCUGGAAUCUUGGAUUGUCAACUGGUGUAAUACUAGGCAAUCCGAAAUUUUCUUGAAUCUGAUUCAAGAAAAGAGUAUUCUAAACAAAUUCAUAGAAUUCAAGGAACUGUUCCUAUUGGAUGAAAUGCUAAAGGAAUACCCGGAAACACGUCUACAAAACCUCCGUACCGGAAUUUACAAAGAAACCAUCCAAUUGAUCAAGAAGCACAACGAAGAACAUAUUCAUACUUUUUUGCACUUCUCGACAAAUAUUAUCUAUUUUGUUAUUCUAAGUGGUUAUUCUAUUCUAGGUAAUCAAGAACUAAUUAUUCUGAAUUCUUGGGUUCAAGAAUUCCUAUAUAACUUAAGUGACACAAUAAAAGCUUUUUCUAUUCUUUUAUUAACCGAUUUAUGUAUAGGAUUCCAUUCAACCCACGGUUGGGAACUAAUGAUUGGUUCUGUCUAUCAAGAUUUUGGAUUUGUUCAGAAUGGUCAAAUUAUAUCGGGUCUUGUUUCUACUUUUCCGGUAAUUUUAGAUACCAUUUUUAAAUAUUGGAUUUUCCGUUAUUUAAAUCGCAUAUCUCCCUCCCUUGUAGUGAUUUAUCAUUCAAUGAAUUACUGA